CUUGAUAUGAGCAGAAAUGAUAACAGGCACGUUCAGACAUGCAUGACAGCAGAGACACAAUUGAAUUGGUCUCAUUUCACGUAAUUUUCCAAUUAGAUUUAUAAAGUCAACAUGUAAAUUAUUCUGCUAAAUUUUAUUCCCAGCCCAAAGACUCCCUGGUCAAUCGCUUCGACAGUUUUGUGACGCAUGAUAGUCCACCCAGCCUGUAUCCAACUGGUCUUUUUUGUAGGUAUUUUUUAGGUCGUUUUGUGGCUGGUAUUUAAAUAAUACUGACCAAUCGUAGUCGUUAGGUUAAUUUUGGUUCUGCUUAGCCUGGUGCUGCAGUGCUCGGUGUGUGGAGCUGGUGCCGCUAUUUUCAGCUCAAUCGCGGAAGAUGCAAUUGUAUAACAAGAGGUCCAAGAUUCAAUACUCAAUGAUAACGGUUGUCAUUCAUUAAUAUUGACUAACGCGACUCGAAAAUCACGCACACUAACGCAAUAUGAGAUGAAAGUAAACAGGUCCGGCGAGCUUUUGGUAUAGUUAAGCGAGAGUCACACAUGUUUAGAGCGAAAUGCUAAAUUUAGAUAGUGCCAAUACUGUCCGCGAUGCUGAUGAGCUGGAAACGCCACCUACGUUACCUCGGCCGCUACCUCAGCCCGAUGAGGAGUCGACGCAGCUGCUGGCCGAGCAGAGCGAACGACCAAAUGUUACGAUUAAGCCACCUUACACGGCCCCCUUGGCGCCCUUCGAUAUGGAACUGGUAAAGCGAGCUGGCUUAGAGGGUAAGCUGCUGCCUGAGCAGAGCAUCUGGGGAGGCGUGAUAAAACAAAACCACGACAGCAAUGCAGAGGCCACGGCACGUUUUGUGGAUCUUGAGCGAAGCGGCAAUGUCGGAAAGGCCAGAAAAUCAUCGACUGAAUCACUGAGCUUGCACGAGAAACGCGCUCGAUUCGCUGAGAGCGGCUUAUCUACACAUCAACUGUCAGAUACUGUGGGAUCACUGCCCAACGGCAAAAACUCCACCUUAAAUCCGACGAGUCCUCUACUGCGAAUGUCUGAACCCACGGAGAGCUACGAUGAGCGCGAGUGUAGCUGCCCGCGCGAAUUUUAUCAGAGAGCCGAGCUAAACACCUCGCUUUUCUUUGCGGACUGCACACGCUCCAUAGAUUUUGUGCUGGCCUACAAGACCAAUGCCAACGAGGCCACGGAGGAGGAAUAUGUGGAAAAGCGGCGCAUCUUCCAGGAGAAUCUGAUACAUCAAGGCCUCGAGGUGGAGCUCAGUCAAAAAGAACAAAUUUACUUUGUCAAGAUACAUGCACCGCUGGAGGUGCUGCGUCGUUAUGCGGAGAUACUUAAGCUGCGCAUGCCCAUGAAGGAGUCAUUAUGUAAUUUGCGCGUAUAUGAAAGAUCAAAUCGUCUACACAAUGCGGCGCAUUAUUUGUCGAAGAAGAUACCUGGUCUGUCCGUGGUCAAUCGUUCCACAAAAAGUGUUUAUUCUAGUCUCAAAACAGUCUGCCAAUUCUUCUUGCGUAAUAUCUAUGUCGACGAGCGUUACUUUCCGAAGCGAGCGCACCGCUUCACAGCCAUCUACAGUCGUGAUAAGGAAUAUCUCUUCGAUAUACGUCAGGAUUGCUUCUUCACAACCGCAGUGCGUUCGCGGAUUGUGGAAUUCAUUUUGGAUCGACAGCGCUUUCCCGCCAAGCGUCAGAAUGACAUGGCCUUUGGCAUUGAGCGCCUGGUUGCUGAGGGUGUUUACUGUGCUGCGUAUCCACUGCAUGAUGGUGAAAUUACAGAGGAAGGCACCAUGCGGGAGCUGCUCUAUAAAAACUGGGCUUCGGUGAAGAAAUGGUAUCGCUAUCAGCCACUGGACGAUAUUAAGGAGUACUUUGGCGUCAAAAUUGGUCUCUACUUUGCCUGGCUGGGCUUCUAUACGUACAUGCUGCUGUUGGCUUCCAUUGUGGGCGUUGUUUGCUUUCUCUACUCCUGGCUUUCACUUAAAAACUACGUGCCCGUCAAGGACAUCUGCCUGCGCUCAAACUCGAAUAUAAUAAUGUGUCCGCUGUGCGAUUGGUGUGAAUUCUGGAAUCUGAGCGAGACCUGCAACUAUGCCAAAAUUACAUACCUCAUAGACAAUCCAAGCACAAUAUUCUUUGCCGUCUUUAUGUCGUUUUGGGCGACGUUAUUCUUGGAGCUUUGGAAACGCUAUUCGGCUGAGAUAACGCAUCGCUGGGAUUUAACAGGCUUCGAUGUGCACGAGGAGCAUCCCCGGCCGCAGUAUCUGGCCCGUCUGGAGCACAUUGAACCCACACGCACGGACUACGUGACCAAUAUGAAGGAGCCAACGGUGCCAUUUUGGCGCAUGAAGCUGCCAGCGACAGUCUUCAGCUUUUCCGUUGUGGUGCUGCUCAUUGCCUUGGCUUUUGUGGCCCUCGUCGCUGUCGUUGUUCAUCGCAUGUCCAUGCUGGCCGCCUUAAAGGUGGAUGGCAGUGGCAUGACCACAUCAAAAGCAAUUGUUCUGGCCGCUGCAUCGGCGGCAUUCGUGAAUCUCUGUUUGCUUUACAUACUGAAUUAUUUAUACAAUCACUUGGCUGAAUACCUGACUGAACUGGAAAUGUGGCGCACUCAAACGCAAUUCGAUGAUUCGCUGACGCUCAAGAUUUACCUAUUGCAGUUUGUGAACUACUACGCUUCGAUAUUUUAUAUAGCGUUCUUUAAGGGCAAAUUCGUGGGGCAUCCGGGAGAAUAUAUUACCGUCUUUAAAUACCGUCAAGAGGAGUGCUCCUCGGGCGGCUGUCUGACAGAGCUUUGCAUACAGCUGGCCAUUAUAAUGAUUGGCAAGCAGGCAUUUAAUACCAUUUUAGAGGUUUACCUGCCGAUGUUUUGGCGCAAGGUUCAAGCUAUUCAGGUUGGCCUUUCCCGUCUAUUUGGCAAUUCGGUUAAGCCUGACAAGGCCAAAGAUGAGCGUUGGAUGCGCGAUUUCAAGCUACUGGACUGGGGCGCACGCAGCUUGUUCCCCGAGUAUCUGGAAAUGGUUUUGCAAUAUGGUUUUGUCACCAUAUUUGUGGCCGCCUUUCCGCUGGCGCCGUUCUUUGCGCUCCUCAAUAACAUACUCGAAAUGCGCCUGGACGCCAAGAAGCUGCUGACCCAUCACAAACGGCCCGUUUCCCAACGUGUCCGAGAUAUUGGUGUUUGGUAUCGCAUUUUGGACUGCAUUGGCAAGCUGAGUGUCAUCACGAACGGCUUCAUUAUUGCCUUCACUUCGGAUAUGAUACCACGCUUGGUGUAUCGCAGCUUAAAGUCAAAAGAUGGCACCCUAAAUGGAUACCUGGACUUCACCUUGUCCGAGUUUAAAAUAUCAGACUCGUCCAAGCUACACAGCUUAGCUGGAGACUUUUCUAACAUAACCACGUGCAAAUACACGGACUAUCGAGAGCCGCCCACAUCGCCGAACAAAUAUCAGCUGACGAGCACCUUUUACAUAAUUUUAGCUUGUCGCUUAGGCUUUGUUGUGUUGUUCGAAAACUUUGUAGCUCUGGUGAUGAUAUUGGUGCGCUGGUGCAUACCGGACAUGAGCGUGGAGCUGCGGGAUCAAAUCAGACGCGAGGUUUACAUAACCAAUGAGAUAAUCAUAGAUCAGGAAGCACAACGCGCGCGCUUUGAACGAGCGAAACGCAACUAUUCAUUAGCAAGAACGACAAGCGUGCAAGACGUGGAUGCUGCCUCUGUAGAUGAACCCAAUUCGAAGUUCAUAAAAAUAGAAAAACUACUCACCGCGAACCUCUCUCAAAUUGAAAUGGACUCAAUUAUACAUGGCGAUAACACGACCACAGGCAUCUCUGGUGCUGACUGCUAGCUUCAAUGCUCUCUUCUCACAACGCUUAGUGAUGCGGCCACAUAUAAUGAUAUUUAAUUUUAAUUGCUAGUUCAACUUAUUUAGCUUAGGCUUGAAAGUGCUUCAUUGUGUUACGCCAGUUCCUUGCAAAAACUUAAUUAGUUAUAUGAAAUGAUUUAGAUUUUUUUAAACAAUAUGGUUUAAAGCUUUAAUCACACAAACACUAUCUCAGUUAUUUCUAAAACAAUCGUGAAUAUUGUAGAUGCAAUUUUUGGGCACAACUGAAAAGACUGAGCACGAAUCUCGUUGAAUCGAUAUUGUUUUAGCUCAGCGAGUGCCAAACUAGAAGCGAGCACAAAA